CGGCGGGGGCCCGGAGCUGGAGCGUGUCUGGGUCUGGGUGCUCGGGGCGCGCGUGCGCGAGCGGUGCAGCAGCGGCCGCGGGAGGAGGGAGCUCAAGUAUUAUGGGCUGUGGGCGCUGUUGAACAAGAUGGAGCUGUCUGCAGUGGGAGAGCGGGUGUUUGCGGCCGAAUCCAUCAUCAAGCGGCGGAUCCGAAAGGGACGCAUCGAGUACCUGGUGAAAUGGAAAGGAUGGGCGAUCAAGUACAGCACUUGGGAACCCGAGGAAAACAUCCUGGACUCUAGGCUGAUCGCCGCUUUCGAGCAGAAGGAGAGGGAGCGGGAGCUAUAUGGGCCGAAGAAGAGGGGACCCAAGCCGAAAACUUUCCUGCUGAAGGCCCGCGCCCAGGCUGAGGCCCUGCGCAUCGGCGAUGUCCACUUCUCGGUCAAGCCCGGCUCCAGUUCGACCUCCCCGAAGCUGCACUCCAGCGCCGCCGUGCAUCGUCUCAAGAAGGACAUCCGUCGCUGUCACCGCAUGUCCCGGCGCCCUCUGCCCCGGCCGGACCCGCAGAGCAGCGGAGGGCCGGGCGCCGGCCCGGGCAUGCGGCCGCCCAUCUCGCCCUUCUCCGAGACCGUGCGGAUUAUCAACCGCAAGGUGAAGCCCAGGGAGCCCAAGAGAAGCCGCAUCAUCCUCAAUCUGAAGGUCAUCGACAAGGGCGCCAAGGGCGCUGCGGGCGGCGCCGGCGGCGGGGCCCUGGCUCGCCCCAAGAUCCCCUCCCGCAACCGGGUCAUCGGUAAGAGCAAGAAGUUUAGCGAGAGCAUCCUGCGCACGCAGAUCCGCCACGUGAAGUUUGGGGCCUUCUCCAUCUACAACAAGCCCUCGCCGAGCCCGACACCACCCCCUGCGCCGGCCGGCAAGCCCGAGCCCGGGGCCUCCCAGGGCCCCGCCCCGCCUCCCCGGGGGCUCGUCCUGGCCACGGCCCCCUACGACAUCCGCAGCUCCAGCUCCUCAGGAUGCCCCUCCCCGACCCCGCACUCGUCCUCCGACCCCGACGACUCGCCCCCCAAGCUCCUCCCGGAGACCCUCAGCCCGGCGGUCCCCGACUGGCGCGAGGCGGAGGUCCUUGACCUGUCCAUCCCGCCUGAGUCUGCAGCCACCAGCAAGCGGUCACCCCCGGGAGGGGGCGAUGGGGGCCAGACGCCCCCAUCGUCCUCGCCCCCGCGCUCCUCUUCCGACCCCGAGCAGGAGGCUGGGGACUGGCGUCCCGAGAUGUCUCCCUGCUCCAACGUGGUGGUCACAGAUGUCACCAGCAACCUCCUGACCGUCACCAUCAAGGAAUUCUGCAACCCUGAGGAUUUUGAGAAGGUGGCACAGGGGGCUGUGGGGGGGGGUGGGGGAAACAGCGGGGGGAGCAAAUGAAGGGAGCUGGUGGUCUCCAGCCAGAGGGGAGGGUUGACUUGGGCAUGGGUUGGGGAUCCUCUCGUGCCCACAUUCACUAGCGUUUUGACCUCUGCUCCCCCUGCACCCAUGCACACACCCCCGCCUGUCCUUUGCUGAUUUUAUUUGGCUCACAGGCACCCCACUUCUCUCUGACCCACCCCCCAGCCCUAGGAGGGGACUGGAAGGAUGGGGCAGGGCGUGCCUGAGAUGCACUAUGGCUGCCUUAGCUGUGGGUGGGUGGUGGGGUACAGGACAGACAGAGUCUUGUCUGUGGGGAGGAAGGGACAGAUCUGUGCUGGUUUGUCAUGAAUGAGCCCAGGGCUCCAUGCUGUAGUGGUUCCUUGCUCUGGCCUUCCACCAGCCCUCUCUGACACACGCCUGGGUCCCACCCUGUCCAGGGCUGCUGCCUCCGACACCUCCUCACCUGCCCUGGCGGCAUCGGGAGCCCAGGAAGCAAAGGCAGCGUCUGGCCACGUCCUCCUUGGGUUCUGGCUCGUGCUCUCUCUCCUGCCCUUCCCCCACCACUAGGACCUGGGUACCCAGUGCUCACAUCUAUUCACUCUCGGUGCUAAAUUGGCAGCUGACAGGGUGCUUUUGAAACCUCUCCUCUCUUCUCCUUCCCCCAGGUGCUAACUCCGUCCUCACCACCCUCCACUCCUAGACUUGGGAAUGGGGGGAGGGUGUCCCACCUCCCAUUGCUGUGGGUAGAUAUGGAGGCUGUGGUUGUCUCUAUGCCCAGCAUCUGUGAUCGGAGGCUCCAGGGUUCGAGGCUCUGAUUGGUAGCAUGGUCCCCAGCCUGAGCAGCUGCAGUGGGCCCUCUGUGGCAGGGACACCCCCUCAGCCCGCCGUCCACACCCAGACUGGGGACCAGGCAGCUCCCUCGGUGGCCAGCCCUCUCUUUAUAUCCUGCUAGCCUUCCUCCUUCCUAAUUCCUCUUUGGGGGAGAUGGGCUGAGAGAGUCCCCCUCCCCUCCCCUCCAAAGACACCCAGGAUCUGAAGUGGGCCCCUAGAGUUCACCAACCAAAGGUGCUAGCAGAGCCUUCUGGGGACACUGGCCUUCCUGUGUGUGUCGGUCGCAUCUUGGUGUGUAUGUGCCUGUGUGUAUGUGUGCACUGUGGGGUGUAGCCCCAGCCUUCUCCACUGCUGCCCAGUCACCUUGUAUUGGAGCUUCAGUCUCUGUGUGUAGAAGGCUUGCUCUUCAGUCUACUUUACCUUCAUUGGCUGUGGGAGUAAUUAUGGAGUGGUACUGCCCAUAGCAAAUCUUCCAGCAUCCCCUGGGGAUUGUCGGCCUUCUCAUCGGAUCCUCCUGCAUGCUUGGCAGCCUGUUGGGACCAUCGUGGUCUUUUCCUUGUUCUCUCUGGCCCUGAGACCCAGAGAGCUGGCCACAGAGCUCAGCCUCCUUCCAGGAGGACAGAGAACCCAAAUCUUCUCCACUUUCCCUCGAGGAUCCUAAUCUUUCCUACUCUCCACAGGCAGGAGCAGACCCUCAGGCCUUCCUCCUCUUUCAAGUGGCUUAUCUUAGGGGGGGAAGAGGGGCUUCCAGAAAGAGGGAGCCGGCAAAGGGGGGCUCAUGUUUUCUCCAGUUAAUAUACUGUGCUUGGUUAGAGGGUAAUUGUUUGGGGGAGUAGAUGCGUCUUGUCCAAGAUGGUUGUUUGAUUCUAGUUUGAGGUGUGUGUGUGUGUGUGUGUGUGUGUGUGUGUGUGUGUACAUGUAUAUGUGUAUACAUGUGUGGGUAGGGAUAGAAUGACUCCAGAAAAUAGAAAGGGAAGCAGAGAAAUGGAAAGAGAACCCCAUCUGUCCCCUCCUUCAGGGCCAUCCAGGUAGUGCCCACUGGCCCUCCUCAGGACUCGUUAGAAGUAAGGGCCGCUGGCCUGGGAGGGUCUGGGAACGGCGGCCCUUGGGGCAUGGGACACAUGGGCCCGUCCUUUCCUUCCCCUGGUGAAAAAGACCAGAACCCUCCUUGGCUGGUUGGCUGUCCAAGUGCCGGUCGGCUAUCCCUCUUGGAAGAGCUGGCCUCCCUCCCCACCCCUCUGAUCAAAGUUCACCUGGGCGCCCAAAUCUGGCAGUUUCCCAGGGACCCUAGAAACGUGUUUUCUGAGAGUCUGUCAUUUGUGAAAUUUUUUUCUUUCUUUCUUAAAAAAGGGUGGGGUGGGGGGGAAAGUCAUGUUUUCAAAGGUGAUUUUAUGAUGGGAGAGUGAAAGAACUAGUUUUACAAGAAAAGAGAAAAAAGACAGAAAAAAUAUUGUGGAAUUCCUACAGGGAGGGGGAAGAAAGAAAUAUUUAAAAAAUAAUACUAAUAAUUGUGAUUGCACAGCUGUGGUGGGGCCAUGUGGAGGGAAAAGUUGUUGAUCUCUGGAGCAGGUGGGGAACCCAUCAGGGGUCCUCCUGCUCUCCUGUUCUCCCAGCUCAACUAGAGGUUAGAGUGGAACCCUAAGAGGUCCACAAAGUAUCCCCCUCCAGAACCUAGGGGAAGAGAAAGGGCCAAAGUGAGACAGCUCAGUGUCCCACCAUGUUUACCCAUGACAGGAUAUGGUCCCCAGGUCUUCCUUUCUACUUCUUCCUCUGAAGGUAGGACAUGGGUGAAUAGGGUGUAUGGUGCUGAGUGGGGCUGGCUUGGGAAUGGGUGAAGAGGAGAUGGCUAGACCUGGCCAUGCCCCAGAGGGUAGAGAAGGGCUCUAGGGAGCAGAAACAGGAGGCCCAGGGCAUGGGGAUUGGGGUGGGAGUGGCAUCUUUGCAGCCCCCUGUGGAGCAAGGUCCCUUUGCUUCAGGGGAGAGAGACUCCCCCCACCUGCGGAGGACCAUGGUGGAGGAGUCCCAGGGAGAAGGAGAGGCUUUAACUGACGGCAGUUCCUCCCUGCCCCCCCCUUAAUAGGGAGAUACCCACCCAAACCCUCGAGGCCCAGGAGCAGAGCCUUUCUAGCGCCCCUGGGGGGACUGAGUACCUCCUCUCUGAGCUGGGGGUGCCCCUCCCCAAGGCCUCAGCUGCUUUCCCCUUUGCCCCAUAACCAGGCAGAAGCUGCAGUCCACUUCUCUUUAUUUUUGUAUGCCAACUCCCCCAAACCCUGUUUUCCCAAGCCUGAUUUCGUCAUGAGAGCCUUUUGGGUUCCCCCACUGUCCCCACUUGUCAUAGAUACCAAGGUCUGGUCUCCUGUGUGAGACUGUUCCCGUCUAAACUGUGUGGCCCCUCACCAGCCCCCAGAUCGCCUUCUCUUUACCCCAUCUGUGAGUGAGGUCGGGGGACGUGGGUUUUUCAGAAGCAGUAACUGGGAGGCAGCAGCUGGGACGCCCAGGGCGGGGCAGAGGAAGGGGGUGUCACUGGGCCACCCCUGCUGGGCACUGGUGCCUGCUUCCGAGGGCCGUCCAGCAGCCCCAGCAUGCAGCAGCAGCCACUGGGCCGGGGGAGCUUCGGCGGCUCUAUUCUUACUGUUCUUUAUAGCGCUUUACAAUUUUCAAAGCACUUUCCCCAUCUGUUGUCUCAGUCUUGGGGAGGAAGGUAUUGUUACUACUAUUUUAAAAUUGACAGGCAGCCUGGUGUAGCAGAUAAAGAGGCUGCCUCGGAGUCAGGAAGACCUGGGUUCCAGUCCCAACUCUGGCACACCCUGGCUGUGUGACCCUGGGCAAGUCACCUACCCCUCUGGGCCGAAGACUCGCCAUUCUGUGCUGGUUUCCUCAGCCGCACCCCUGCAUCAAUGAAAUCAAGAUCCAGUCCCCCCAAAAAUGUUUUUUUUAAGAUGAGGGAGACUGCCUCAGAGAUAGAAAGCACCUUACCCAGGAUGACACAGUAAACAGCAGAAUCGGGAUCUGAACCCAUGUCUUCUGACUCCCAAGUCGGGGACCCUUUGCCCUACCUUGUGCUGCUCUUUGAGGUGGGGGGGGCAGGAAGUCUGGGCAAGGGAGGAGAUGGAGGGGAAGGCCCAGGCUCUCAGAGUGGGCUUUGAGAGUAGACCCUCUUAUUCCCCCUCCUCCCAUGGGCCCUGGAGGCUCGCCAGUCAUCCCUCUGGGCCCAGCAAUGGACCUGGGCUAUUCUCUCCCCAAAGAGGAAGGCCAGAGGCGGUGAUACAGAGAGCAGGUCUCUGAGGCUGCCUUCAUUUACCCUCUUAUCUGGCCCCUCAAAGGUGGCUGCUAGGAAGAGAUGGAUGAAGGAAGUGGUGGGAUCUGCUCUUUCUCAAAGGUUCUGGGGGAUCUGUCCGGUUUGAUUGUGGCCGGGGGGGGGGCGGGGUGCCUCUCCCCACUUCCUUAUAGUAGCAGGGGUCAGGCUCAAGGCCUGUGCCUGUCCUCUUCCAGCCCCACCCCAUCCCCCAACCCCUUCCGCCAUUUUGCACUUCUUGCCUUGCAGAGACCAGACUGGUCUGAUUCCACCCCGCGUUAUUCCCAGUUCUCAUGCACUGGCCCAAGGUCGCCUCCCCGGGGCUCUUGGAGACCCACUCUGUGCCCCAAGCCCCCACCUUGGGAGAAACCUUGCAAAAGAAGGAAGUUUUCCACCUGGAUUUCUGAUGAAAAGCCUCCCUCUCCGUCGUCCUCCUGAAGCUUGGUACUAAGGAAAAGCUGAGGGUUCCCGACACCCCCUUUACGGAUUGUUCCUGGGGGAGGGGUGGGCAGGGAGAGGGCAGGCCCAUGCCUUCCCGUGUGCCAAGUGAGCUUCGGGGGGCCGAGGGAUUCCCUUUGCUGGACGGCUGAGGUGGAGACUUUGUUUUCAAUUUUAAAAGCUGAAACAAAACACAACAGAAAGAACCCUUAAAAGGAAUAAUGUAUCUUAUAAUUUUUUUUAGAUUUUUAAAGAAAAACGCAUUUAAUGAAAAGCAUCGUGCACGAAUGAAUUCUAUAUAUAAAUAUAUACACAUACAUAUCUCUCUAUAUUUUGGGAGGGGGUCCUGUCAUCUUCUCAUUUCCAGAAUGGAGUGUGUGGGCUCGGUUUCCCGUGUUCGCUGUUUGGAUAUCCAGCUCCGGCUGGCUGAACUCGGGGGGGCCCCCCCAGGGGCGGGGCCGGGGGAGGAGGAGGAGCCCCUGCGCACGCCUGGCCCGCCUCCCUGCCUUCGUCUGCUUUGCACCUCAGCCUCCACGCCCUCCCUUCCUCAGCUGAUGUCUCGGGUGGAAAAGCUGGCUGGUCUCGGGCUUUGGGACCUUUUUGGUUCUGUUGGGUUUUUCCUGGUUGUUUUGUGCUGAUUACUCUUGUAUUGUACGUUUUGUUUCUCCUGCUGCUCUUCCGUAUUGUAUCAAUGCCAGGAAUGGGGAGUUAAAAGCCUAUUUUGCCCCCCAAUAAAUUGUUACAUUCCAAAGCUGCA